AUGCAGGUCAGCAAGGCCAACAUGCGGCCAGCCACGACCCUGCCCCUUGCUCGUUACUUCUCCCAGACCUCGCGCGUCGCUGAGGAGGCUAAGGACCAGGUGGUUGAGGAUGCCGCCAUCGAGUCUACCGAGGAAACCGGCUCCACCGUUAAGAGUGACACGCUGCUGGAGUCGAGCCAGACCGAGCGGGAGCGGGGCCGUGAUGGACACAGCAUCUUCAUCAGCAACAUGACUUUCGAUGCUACCGAUGUCCACCUGCGCGAGGCCUUCGGCAAGUAUGGAGACAUUACCGCCAUCAACAUUGGACGCGACGGCCGUGGACUGAGCAGAGGGUUCGGCUUCAUCACUUUCACCACUAAGGAGUCCGCCGACCGCGCUGUCGAAGAAGUACACAAGUCGUUCUGGCACGGCCGCCGUAUCAACGUCGAGCACCGCAAGCCGUCGAGCAGCGACGGCCGUAGCGAAGCACGUGGCCAGCGACCCCAGAACACGACGCCCACGAACUCGAUAUACAUCGGCAACAUCCCUUACGAGACGUCGGACGCGGACCUGAACCGUCUAUUCCGUGAGCUGGACAACGUCACGGACGUCCGCGUCGCCGUUGACCGCAACACCGGCUGGCCCCGUGGCUUCGCCCACGCCGACUUCACCGACGUCGAGAGUGCCAUCAAGGGGUACGAGAAGAUCUCGUCGACAGCUAUUGGAGGUCGCCAACUGCGCGUCGACUACUCGCAGAGGCGUACCAGCCCUGUCGGACGACCGCGCGAUUAG